AUGCGCUUUGGGAACAAAGGGAAGUUGGCGUCGAAAUUCAUUGGUCCUUUUGAGAUUCUACAACGAGUGGGGAAGGUUGCCUACAGGUUAGCACUACCCCCUCAUAUAAAAUACAUGAGGUUUUUCUGCUCGAUGUUGCGGAAAUAUGUAAGUGAUCCCUCCCAUAUCCUGAGUGUUAAGGAUGUUGAGCUAGCAGAGAACCUUGUGUAUGAAGAACAGCCGGUUCAGAUUUUGGAUAAAAGGAUUAAAGAGCUUUGGAACAAGAGCAUUCCUCUAGUGAAGGUUCUUUGGAGGAAUCGAAGGUAG